AUGGAUGAAAACCUGGACGAAAACACCAUCCGGGAGCUGGAGGAGGUCCUCCACACGAAGAUCUACCCCGGCACGGAGCUCAUGCAAGAUGUGGGAACUCACCACUUCGUCAAGGGCAACAAUCGCUCUGUUCUUGUUCCUCAGCCGUCCGACGACCCCCGUGACCCCCUGAACUGGUCGCCGUUCUGGAAGGGUGCAACGAUCUUCUGUGCCACGGCCGUCUCUUUCAGUCAGAACCUCGGGCCCCUUGCCCUUGCGCCUAUGUUCGGAAACUACAUCCAGCUAUACAACCGCAGCCUUGCAGAUGUCGUACAAUUCACGGGAGUUGCCAUCCUGGUGCUGGGAUUCAGCAACUUCAUCUGGGUUCCGAUGAGCACCUGCUUUGGAAGACGCCCCGUCGCAAUAUUUUCCAUGACGAUAUGUGUGAUCUCCUCGAUCUGGAGAGCCAGAGCCAAAGAUUACAACAGCUUCAUGGGUGCUUCCGUUCUCAACGGGAUUGGCGCAGGUCCUUGUGAGACUCUGAUGCCUCAAGUCAUUGCAGACAUUAUCUUUUUGCAUGAUCGUGGAAAGUACCAGACACUAUACUUCAGCUUAUACUUCGGGUCUUUGAUGGUUGGGCCAAUCAUCAGCGGUGCGAUGGCUGAGCAUACCGGAGUGGAAAGCUUCUGGUGGUUCAACACGGGAAUGUUGCUCUUCACCCUGCUGGUCUGCAUCUUCUUGUUCCCAGAGACUCGGUAUCACAGAGCUUGGGAGACAGGUGACACACCGAAGCCACCGCCGGUCAGGGACCCAAAAGCGACUGUCGACAAGGUGGAAGGUUCACUCCACGAGAAACAUAGCGGGACCGACCAAGAAGAAGCCCUGGGAACACCAGCCACCCAUGCAGCAACGCAACACAGCGCCGCCGCCGGUGACAAGAUUGCUCCUACCGAAACACACAUCGAUCCUUGCCUGGGCCGAGGAGGCCCGGGCAAGAAACAGUUCUUGCCCUUCCAGCCCUAUUCAGGCAAUUUGUUCCGCGAGCUCUGGCUGCCAUUUUACCUACACCUCUUCCCAAUUGUCGAGUUCGCCGCGUUCGUCGUCUCAUGGAGCGCCUCCGGCUUCCUCGUCGUCAACUUGUCUCAGUCCCAAGCCUUCGCCGCCCCGCCAUACAACUUCUCGUCCCAGACUAUCGGGCUGUUCAACCUCGCGGUGCUAGUCGGUGGAGGAGUUGGUCUUUUCACCUGUGGGCCUCUCAGCGACUGGGUCGCUGCUUAUCUGACCAGGAGGAACAACGGCGUCCGAGAGCCAGAGAUGAGACUGGUGGCCAUGGUCCCAUACAUCAUCAUCAUGGUCAUUGGCUCCAUCGUCACCAGCGUUGGCUAUGACUACCACUGGAAAUGGGAGGCCAUCGUCAUUAUAGGAUACAGUUUCCUGGGAUGCCAGGUCGCGGCCCUGCCAAGUAUUGCCUCGACAUAUGCCAUCGAUAGUUACAAACCGGUGACGGGAUCGUUGUUCGUGACCAUCACGGUAAACAAGAACCUCUGGGGAUAUGGCGUUUCAAAAUUCUUGACGCCAUGGGCAGAGGAGAAGGGUUUCAUCCCACCGAUACUGACCAACAUGGCUCUCAUCACUUUCUUCUCCUGCUGCGGUAUAAUCUUCUGGUUUGCUGGUAAGAAGUUCAGAGGUAUCACUGCAAACUCCUUUGUACACAAGCUCUAA